GCGUGCGCCAGGUGGCUGUCAAUGCAUGAACCCCCGCCCUCUCUUUCUCUCAUGCACGUCCUCAUUGCUGCUGCCAUUCCAAGAUGCCCCCUCCCCCCUUGUUUGUGUCUCUGUCUCUCCGGGUGCUGAGCGGCCAAUUGGGGAGUGCGCCCUGCUGCCCCUCGCCCUGGGUUGCUUGCUGGUUGGGAAGGUCGAGUCGAGGGGCUGCAGGGUCCCUCUCAGCUCAGAUGCUCCGGGUUUCUGGCCUUUUCCCCACACAGAAGAUCACAAUGGGCUUGCAGGAAGAGUGUGUCUGGGGGAAAGUGGCACUUACCAUUCUCUCACACACACUCCACACAACACCCCCUGGGUCCGGCCUGGGUCCUCAGCACACCCCCUGGCUGCUCAGGGGCUCUUUCCCCCAGACAGGCACUCGGGGGAGGGGGCCUCUGAGAAAGCAGCAUGGGAGCAUGGAGGGCACGACAUUUUGGAGGGCAGGGAGGCACAGCUCUGGGCAGGAGGGGCACUGGAAAUGUGGUUGCAAAGGGCACCAUUGGCAUUGGGCAGAGGAGAGCGGUGCCCUUCUGCAACAGAGUGGGAUCUGCGGCUUGCCCCUCUCCCAAUUUCUGUCCCUGCCAGGGCCAGCAGUGUUCUUGGGCACAGGGAGCUUGCUUCGCUUGCUUCCCCCCCCCCCCCCGGAGAGGCUGCCAUUUAAUCCCGAGGAAAGCAUCCCCCGUGCCAGUUGCCCGUCAAUUUUGCUUGAAGGAAAAGGUCAAGGUGACACCUAAGGAAAUCCCAGCCAACCUGUGCAAACAGCCUGGCAGAGAAGCACGAAGAGCUCCCGAGGACUCCCUUCAGGGAACCUGGAUGCCAGCACAGCUGAGCUGGUGGGCCAGGUCUGGAAGCGAAUGCCCGAGGCCUCCUAGCCAGGCCUGAGAGGGCAAGAUGUUCUUCCAGUUGUGCAUUUGGGAGUCGCAGCUGCCAGUCCUGCUUGUGCUCUUCUACUCAGUGGCUUAUUUGGCAUACAUCCGAGACAGCGGGGCCAAGCCAGUGAUGGUCUACAUCCAUGGGGGCUCCUACAUGGAAGGCACAGGGAACAUGAUUGACGGCAGCGUGCUGGCCAGCUACGGCAACGUCAUCGUCAUCACUCUCAACUACCGUGUGGGAGUCCUGGGAUUCCUGAGCACCGGCGACCAGGCUGCCAAAGGCAACUACGGGCUCUUGGACCAGAUUCAGGCUCUGCGCUGGAUCAGUGAAAAUAUCGCCUUCUUUGGUGGCGACCCUUUGCGCAUCACCGUCUUCGGGUCGGGCAUUGGGGCUUCCUGCGUCAGCCUGCUCACCCUGUCGCACCACUCCGAAGGUCUUUUCCAGCGAGCCAUCAUCCAGAGUGGCUCUGCUCUCUCCAGUUGGGCAGUCAACUACCAGCCGGUGAAGUACACCAGCCUCCUGGCUGACAAAGUGGGCUGCAACGUUCUGGACACUGUGGACAUGGUGGACUGCCUGAGGCAGAAGACUGCCAAGGAACUGGUGGAGCAGGACAUCCAGCCGGCACGCUACCACGUGGCCUUUGGGCCAGUCAUCGAUGGGGACGUCAUCCCAGACGACCCUGAGAUCUUGAUGGAGCAGGGAGAGUUCCUCAACUACGACAUCAUGCUUGGAGUCAACCAGGGUGAGGGGCUGAAGUUUGUGGAGGGGGUCGUGGACCCGGAGGAUGGUGUUUCAGGCAGCGAUUUUGAUUAUUCUGUCUCCAAUUUUGUGGACAACCUGUAUGGCUACCCAGAGGGUAAGGACACCCUGCGUGAGACCAUCAAAUUCAUGUACACAGACUGGGCUGACCGGGACAACCCGGAAACACGACGCAAGACCCUGGUGGCCCUCUUCACUGACCACCAGUGGGUUGAGCCAUCGGUGGUGACCGCUGACCUUCAUGCUCGUUAUGGGUCCCCCACGUAUUUCUACGCUUUUUAUCACCACUGCCAGAGCCUCAUGAAGCCACCCUGGUCUGAUGCGGCCCACGGAGACGAGGUGCCUUACGUCUUUGGGAUCCCCAUGAUUGGCCCCACCGAUCUCUUCCCCUGCAACUUUUCCAAGAACGACGUCAUGCUCAGUGCCGUCGUUAUGACCUACUGGACCAACUUUGCCAAGACUGGGGACCCUAACAAACCAGUGCCCCAGGACACCAAGUUCAUCCACACCAAGGCCAAUCGGUUUGAGGAAGUCGCCUGGUCCAAGUACAACCCCCGUGACCAGCUCUACCUGCACAUUGGCCUCAAGCCUCGGGUGCGCGACCACUACCGUGCCACCAAGGUUGCCUUUUGGAAGCAUCUGGUCCCACAUCUGUACAAUCUGCACGACAUGUUUCACUACACCUCCACAACCACAAAGGUGCCACCUCCUGACACCACCCAGAAUUCCCACAUGGCACGCCGGCCAAACGGGAAGGCCUGGAGCACCAAACGGCCAGCCAUUUCCACUGCCUACACCAGCGAGGGUUCGCAGGAGAAGUGGAACCCCGAGCAGGAUGGGGCAGGCACACUCCUGGUGGAGAACCCCCGAGAUUACUCCACCGAGCUGAGCGUCACAAUCGCCGUGGGGGCCUCUCUCCUCUUCCUCAACGUUCUGGCCUUUGCAGCGCUCUACUACCGGAAGGACAAGCGACGGCAGGACACCCACCGCCAGCCCAGCCCACAGCAUGCCCCCGCCACCAACGAUAUCGGGCACACCCCGGAAGAGGAGAUUCCCUCUCUGCAGACCAACCAGUCCCACCAUGGAGACUGUGAGGCGGUGCCAACCCACGAUGCCCUCUGUCUCACCGCCUUGCCCGACUACACGCUCACAUUGCGCCGCUCACCCGAUGACAUUCCACUCAUGACGCCCAACACCAUUACCAUGAUCCCCAACUCCCUGGUGGGGCUGCAGACCCUGCACCCCUACAACACCUUUGCUGCCAGCUUUAGCAGUACUGGGCUCCCUCACUCACACUCCACCACCCGGGUAUAGCCGCCAUGCACACGCUCCACCUCACUGGACCUUGGGCUAUGGGGCCAGAUAUGGCAACUCUCUUGGCUCGUACUAUCAAGUGCUUUGCUCUCAUCUCCAGAGCAGCUGAGGCUUCAUGGAGUCCGGCAGAGAAGGCGAGACCCUCCCGGGCUGCCCUGAGUAAACCCUUUGUGCUCCCAGGUCCAGCUGGCACUGCCAAGGAAGCCCAGCACAGCCCCUCGCCUCCUGGAACAACCGUGCGGGACUCCGCCUGGGCACCUCCUAGUGGGCACUUUUGAAACAGCUUUGGGGAACAGGUCCCACAAGCUUAGCUGCCACCUUGUGGCGGGAGAUGGUUGGCACUUCCUGGAGCUCUUGGACAGGUGUCAUUUGGGGGUGGGUGGGGGUGUUUCUAAACCCCGUAGUGGAUCCUGGAUCCCCUGGCCAUGAUGCUGGGCCUAGCAGGUACUGCCUGUACCCUGGCUCCAUAUCACACUUUUCAUGUUGCGGAGAUACUGUCUGUCUGUCUGUUUCUUUCCAAAAGACGUUUUUUAAGCAGAUCUUUAGUUCUUUAAACACUAACGGAGACACCGUGUUUUGUCCUUUGUAAAGAUUUUAAACUAAGUGUUCUUGAUACAGCCAAUUAGACACACACGUCACCCAGGUGAGCACAUCCACCCCCCCCUCCUCCUCCAGCUGCAUCUGUGCCAAACUAUGAAACCAGCAGGCUUCCCUGGCGGUGGGCAGUGGCACAGAGUAGACCACGAGGCCAUUUUGUACUUUUGAUAUGCCCUUCCUAGCCAUCGUGUCCAAUGGCCAAUCCAUGCUCCUGGGGACCAGCAGAUCCUCCUCCUCCUGCCCUCUGCCCUGGCCAGGUGCAGCCCCACGGCCCAGCCGCAUCGGGUGCCUCAGCCUCGAGCUUCUUGCCAGCCCCAUAGCCUGCCCUGCCUUCCAACUUACAGCUACCCCUCUGCUGCUUGGAGAGGCAGGGAAGGACGAGGGUGGCACGUGUAGGGGCAGCAGGUUGGGCGCAAUGGGACGCAAACGUGGCUGGCUACCAGGUCCAGGACAGGGGCUGCUGGUUGACAAGAGACCUUGACUUGCCAUGGGUGGGUGUUGGGGGGAAAGAGGGCAGGGGAAGAUGGCAGACAGCAAGCCCUGCCUUGUUGGAGUCUGGCUGGCAGGAGGGCCCACCAGGGGGUCAGCACCACUGUCAGCUGGCAAGGGGAGGAUUCUAAUGUGGAGGGAGGGGGACACGUUGGGACACGUUGGGAGGGGCUGCAAGUAACCCAGGCGGUGGGAUUUGAUCCAGC